AUGAAUCUUUUGUGCUGUAUCGGUAAAAAUGCUAACGAUAAGAUAACUAUAAAUUGGACACCUGAUCUUGACGUAAUGUUCCUCCAAGUGUACCUCGAAGUGCGCAAAUAUGAUCCACUCAGUAGAAACCAAAUUGUUCAAUUUUUUUCUGGGGAAACCGGUCUUAAACUCAGCUGGAGAAUUAUUGUAAGGAGAAUUGAUUAUCUAAAUAGUUUACAGGAAAGUUUACUACAGUUAUGUACACCUGAUCCAGAAACUGGAAUUCUCAUAAUGACUAAAGAAGCGUCGGCACUAGCUACCAAGAAACAUCCAGAACUGUCAAAUCCGAAUUCAAAACAGCUAGUUGAGUUAUUGCUACAAAAGACAACACCGACACCACUAAGUUGCAAGGAACCACGUCCAAAGUACAAUUCCAAUCCUAACUCGAGUGGCUUAGAUGUUGUGGAUACAAUAAUGAUGUUCUAA